AUGGGUGUGAGUGUGAGUGCGACAGUGAGUGCGAGUGGUGGGAGGAAUAGAAGGGAUGAGGGAGGGGAGGAAGCAGUUGAAGGGGCGGAGGAGGCAGUGGUGGAGAAAGCAACAAGCGAGGGGGGAGGAGCAGGAGCAAGUGGGGAAGCAGGAGAAGGGGAAAAGGUAGCAGAGGAGGGGAAAGAAACAAGCGAGGGGGGAGGAGAAGGAGCAGGGGGGAGCGCUGCUGAAAGGGGAGACUUGGCGGAGGAGAGAAAGGGAGUGGGGGAGGAGCAGGGGGGAGCAGGUGGAGGGGGGAGACUGGACGAAUCAGAGGAAGAGGGAACAGGAAAGGAGGAAGUGCGGGCUGUUGCAGGGGAGGAGGGUGCGAAAAAGGAGAGAAAAGGAGGAGGCGCGGAGCAGGGGGGAGGAGGCGCGGAGCAGGGGGGAGCAGGCGGAGGGGGAGCAGAAGAGGAGGAAGUGCGGGCAGUUGCGGGGGAGGAGGGUGCUGAGGAAAGGAUCGAAAGAACUAGGGGGGAAGAAGUGGAAGCAGAGGAGGAGGAAGUGCGGAGAAGAGAGAGACGAGGAGGAGAGGGAGCAGCAGAGGAGGAGGAAGUGCGGGCAGUGGCGGGGCAGGAGGGUGCAGAGAAAAGGAAAGAAAAUGCUGGGGGGAAAGAAAAGGAAGCAGAUGGAGGAGGAGAGGGAGCAGAGGAAGGAGGAGAGGGAACAGAGGGAGGAGCAGAUAGAACAGAGGGAGGAGCAGAUAGAACAGAGGGAGGAGCAGAUGAAACAGAGGGAGGAGCAGAUAGAACAGAGGGAGGAGCAGAGGAAGCAGAGGAAGGAGGGGAGGGAACAGAGGGAAUGGAACAAGGAGUUGGGGAAGGAGAGAGGGAAGGAGGGGAAGCGGAGGCAGGCGAGGGGGGCGGAGGGGUAGGAGAGGCAGGAGAGGGGGGAGGAGGAGGAGCAGAGGAAGGAAGGAGAACUAGACCGCAAAGGCAGAAGAGGACGAGGGGGCUAGGGGGAGAUGAUGAUGGUGAUGGAGGAUUAGAGGGGGGAGAAGGAGCAGAGGGAGGAGAGGGAGCAGCGGAAGGAGCAGCGGAAGGAGCAGAGGGAGGAGAGGGAGCAGCGGAAGGAGCAGCAGAAGGAGCAGAGGGAGGAGAGGGAGCAGCAGAAGGAGCAGCGGAAGGAGCAGAGGGAGGAGAGGGAGCAGCGGAAGGAGCAGCGGAAGGAGCAGAGGGAGGAGAGGGAGCAGCGGAAGGAGCAGCGGAAGGAGCAGAGGGAGGAGAGGGAGCAGCGGAAGGAGCAGCGGAAGGAGCAGAGGGAGGAGAGGGAGCAGCGGAAGGAGCAGCGGAAGGAGCAGAGGGAGGAGAGGGAGCAGCGGAAGGAGCAGCGGAAGGAGCAGAGGGAGGUGAGGGAGCAGCGGAAGGAGCAGCAGAAGGAAGGAGAACCCGACCACAGAGGCAGAAGAGGAAAAGGGGGCUAGGGGGAGAUGAUGAUUCGUACGUGUGGGGGUUUGUGGGGCGCGGGUGGCGCAGCGCUGCUAGUAAGUCCGCUGGGGGAAAGGAUGGGGGGAAGGAAGGGGGGAAGGAUGGGGGAAAGGAUGGGCGGAAGGAUGGGGGGAAGGCGGGGAAGGGAAGGGGAGGAGGUGAGGAGGGAGGGAAAAGAGGGAGAGGAGGGGAGGAAGGGGAAGGGAGGAGGGUGGGGAAGAGAAUGAGGGGUUUAUUCACAUUCAGCCAAGAGCCACAGCAGCAGCAGCAGCACCAGCAGCAGCAGCAGCAGCAGCAGGCAGGCAGGGCAAUAGGAGGUUUCCGCUUCCCUCUGCUCUCUCUCCCGCUCUCCACCCAACUCCACCCACUUCCACCCAUCUCCACCGCUUUUCGGCCGCCUCUUCUUUCUUCCCUCUCUCCCACGCCCCCUCUCAACAUCCCGUCCUCUCUCCCUCCCCCUCGACCUGCAACCCACCCUCCCCUGCUCCCCUCUGCUCAUCAAACCUCUGAACCAUUUCAUACCCCUCAAAACCCUCUCAUGGCUGCUGCAACCCACCCUACUGCGCUUCCUGCUGCACCUCCUCCUCUCCCCGUCUGCAAUGGGCGCCUCAAAGCAUUCCUCUCACUUCCCCAUGCGCUCGGGGUGUGUUUUGGGGCGCCUCAAAACAUUCCUCCCACUUCCCCAUGCGCUCGGGGUCCUUCUGAUGCUGCCACUAUUGCCCGUGGCCUGCUGACUCUGGUGCAAUUCGAGGGACCCUCUGAUGCCGUCACUGUUGCCCGUGGCCUGCUGUCUCUGGUGCAGUUCGAGGUUCGAGGCCUGCGAAUCGUGCACAAGCUCGGGUCCCCCCUCCCCCAGGCCAUGCACCCGCCAGCCUAUCAGAGUGCAGGCUCCAUCCGCUGUGACGUCUGCACCACCUCAUGCACUCGUCUACCCCUUACUGUCAUCGGCCCAACAGACAUCCUCCAGUCAGACGUGGUUAUCCGCUGUGACGCCUGCACUGCACCACCUCAUGCGCUCGCUCGCCUGCCUUUAACUGUCAUCGGCCCGACUGACAUCCUCCAGUCAGACGUGGUGAGCUGGGGGCCCCAACUCUCACGUAGUGUAACAUCUGCACCGCACUCCACCUUGCACAACACAGAAGGCAUCCGCUAUGAUGUCACCUCAUGCGCCCGUCUACCCCUCACUGUCAUCGGCCCGACUGACAUUUUCCUCUCAGACGUGCCCCUUGUGAAGGCCUUGCAACUGCACCUGCUGCACCUCUGCUCCCCACCUGCUGCUGACACCCUUCCAGCAGCAGCAACCCCGCUUCUCCCAUCUCCCCGCGCCUCUUGUGCUCUGCUCUGCUCCCCACCUGCUGCUGACACCCUUCCAGCAGCAGCAACCCCGCUUCUCCCAUCUCCCCACUCCUCUUCCGCUUGUGAAGGCCUUACGACUGCACCUGCUCCACCUCUGCUCCCCACCUCCUGCUAA